GUUGUGCAUUCAACAAAGCUUCUCCCAUCCAUUUAAUCACCUAAAGGCCUGCGACUUGUCGAUAACAAACUUUCCUAUUCCACCACAGUCGAGUCGCCUGUUCGAUUCAUCUCCGUUGCCAAAUUACUCCUUUUAAUACACUGCAAUUCGCUUUCGUGUCCGCGUCACCCGCCCGCCGCCCUUAACCUUUUGUUUCGCCUACGCUGCCAACCGAGACCUGAUUCGGACCCUCCCACGUUCAACACCACGAUUCGAUUCAUUCACAGUGAAACAGAAGUCGCAUAGGUGGCAUUUUGCCUUACUGCUACUACAAAAUCAACGCGACUCUUUUCUUUCCGAGACACGAAGCCGCGCUGGCCGCAGUCUGACAUCUCGGCGUUAUCCUAAACCCCUCUUAAUUUGACCACGAUGGCUGUCGCAUCUAUCCAAGACCGAACCUCCGAGUUCAAAUCGGUUCUCGCACAGGCACAGCGAAAACAAACCUCGUCAAAAGUCAGCUCUCAGCGCCGGUCCCUUUUGACAGAUGCGCAAAAAGAUGCCGCCAAUGGCCAUCCCACGGGGCCUCCAAGACGAUCCGACUUUGCCCGCAAGGCUGCUGAAAUUGGACGUGGCAUCUCGGCGACUAUGGGAAAGUUGGAGAAGCUAGCACAGCUGGCAAAACGAAGAACCCUUUUCGACGACCGUCCCGUGGAAAUCAACGAACUUACUUUCGUCAUCAAGCAAGACCUUUCGUCUUUGAAUCAGCAGAUUGGAGCUCUCCAAACUAUCACAAAGCAGCAGCAUCCGAAGGCCGAUCAAGAGGGCGAGCACAACAAGAACGUCGUAUACCUACUACAAGGCAAACUUACUGAUGUCUCAGUCAACUUCAAGGAUGUUCUCGAAGCCAGAACCAAGAACAUCCAGGCGUCGCGAUCAAGAACGGAAAACUUCAUCUCUUCGGUGUCGCAACAUGCUCAGCCUUCUAUUCAACAGUCCGCUUCGCCACUCUACGGGACACCCGCCCGGAACUCACCUGCGCCGGGUCAAGACACACUCUCACUUAAUCCUGUUGGCGACCAGCAGCUGCUGAUGAUGGAGGAGGCACAGCCUUCCAAUACAUACAUCCAACAACGAGGUGAAGCAAUCGAGGCCAUCGAGAAGACGAUUGGCGAGUUAGGAAGCAUCUUUGGACAGCUAGCCACCAUGGUUUCGGAACAGAGUGAAAUGAUCCAGCGCAUUGAUGCCAACACCGAAGAUGUGGUUGACAACGUCGAAGGAGCACAGCGAGAACUUCUCAAGUACUGGAACCGAGUGUCAAGCAACCGCUGGUUGAUCGCAAAGAUGUUUGGUGUUUUGAUGAUAUUCUUCUUACUUUGGGUUCUUGUUUCUGGCUAAUCUUUGGUCAUUGAACGAAGCAAUGCAUGGCAUGAGAACAAGAGUCGGGCGUAGAAAACUUAGGGAACGGGGAAGGGAGUUAAAGGCACAUGUUUUGUCGUAAUGGGGCAUCAUUCAAUAGAUGCACUUCUUUUCCAUAUGUAUGUAUGUAUACGCUAUUGCCAUGCUCCUUAGGUUCGGAUGA